AUGCCGGACUCCUGGAACUGCGAGUCGAGAAAGACCGCUACCGACUCCUCCGUAGGAGCUGCCACGUUGGCCGCAGCGGCGACCGGAGUCGGUGGCUUGGGGGCGGGUCUCAAGAAGAGUAACAAGGUGGCCGCCAAGGAGUCCGAGCCCGCGGUCCAGCCGUCGUGGCGAGAGAACGACGUCGCCGCCGUCGACGACCCUAGCGUGGUGCCUCCUGGAAUUGGUGGCGGUGCCGUAUGUGGUGGUGGUGUCGUCGGAGGCGGCAAAGACUCCUCCGAGGAGCGGUCUUCGUGGCCAGCCACGAGAAACUCGUCGCCUUCUCAGUCUUCGUGGCUCAGGCACAGCUGCAGCUCUUUGAGACAGCUGUCAUCUCCCAGUGACACGGAACAUGUUGGUCUUCGCGAACGCAAACCACACUCCACCACUCCCGUAGAAGCGCUAUCUCGAAGGCACCGAAAUGAUGUUCCGGACUUCAAAAACACGGACGAGCCCCCUGGUGGCACCCGAGUCCAUGCUCAACGGACGACCCAAGGUGAUACGCCUGUCCAAGUCUGCCUUCCGCAAACACCGCUUGGCGGACGAGAUGCUGCGGCCGCCUUCGCUGCCGCCACCGUCGGCCCCGGCCUCUCGUGGCUGGCCAGGUUCCGAAGUCGCUGGUUGCCUAACAUCAACAAGAACGUGCUCCUACCGGCGCUCAUCUCGUUGCGCAGCGUCGGCCUGCGAAUCAUCGACAGCAACGACCACGUGGUGCUGUCGGCCUGCUCCACGCUGUGGGCCAUCAUUUCUGUCGCCUUCCAGAGCGUCAACGUCUGCAUGACCGUCAUGGGAGUCGUGUCCAACAAUUUUCACGGCUACCUCCUCGAUCAGGUCUCGCUGGUAUUGGCUACGCUGUGCUCGAUCAUCUGCUCGGUGCUGCUGGCGUUCAGCCCGGGACGGCUGAAUGCGCUCAUCGAAAAGGUGGAGGACACGCUGUUCGAGCUGCACUGCCCACGCGACCUGCGCCAGUACUGGAUGCCCAUCAGUCUGCUCACCGUGGUCGGCUGGCUGUACAUGGCGCUCAGAUUCGUCGCCGUCACCUGGGUGCUCGACAACCAGCCGCCAAGAGACGUCUUUAAGGGUGUGUUCUUCACGGAGGCGAGCCGCAACUAUUCUGAGAACACGCUGCUGUUCCUGGUGGCGCUCAUCUGGUACCUGAACACCCUGUUCGUCUACGGAACCCUCGUGUUCGUCCCAAUUCUGUUCAUCUCCUUCUGCAUGAUCCUGGCGCGCGCUUUCCGAGUGCACAACGCCGUCAUCCGUGACGUGCACCGGUCGGGCCGCUCGGUUGAAGCCGACACCCUGGCUCAGAUCCGCAUCUUCUACGAGCGCAUCUGCACUCUGGUCACCGACCUGAACGAGAUCUUCGGUCCGGUCAUCUUCUCCUGGUACAUCAUGAUCGUCCUCAGCGUCUGUAUCGACAUGACCCAACUGUUCAGUGACACAAACCUGUUGAAGAACACCAAAGAAGACGAAGGCUUUCUCUUCAGCCUGCGUGGCAUCUACUCGCUCCUCUCCUUCCUGGGGACGUGCCUCGCAGCGUCGCGGGUGUCAGAGGAGGCGCUCGCGCCGCUGCCGCACCUGCACGAGCUAACUCUGCGCAGCUGGCGCCUCGACAUGAACACCAAGAUGGAGGCGCAUUUCUUUCUCAGCCGCCUUUCGUCGUCGCCGGUAUCGAUGACAGGCUGGAACUUCUUCACUAUCAACCGCGGCUUCAUACUGAGCGUAUGCGCCGCGCUCACCACGUACGUGGUGAUUAUCAUCCAGAUGAACCCAAAGGCCAUGAAGACCAUCAAUAAGUUGGUCACCACGGCGCUCAACAACACCGGCAACGGCACCGCAUCUAGUGAAUAGAGUAGGUCGGCUGUACUUGCUCCUUA